AUGGCAAGCCUGCAAGGCUACGUUGACCAUCGCGUUCUGCUCAUUCUGCAAGAUGGACGUGCCAUUGUGGGCGUAAUGGCCGGUUAUGACCAAAAGGCUAACGUUGUUCUGUCGGACUCGAAGGAACGCGUGUAUAGCAUGGAGGAAGGGGUAGAGGAGAUUCCACUCGGACUGUAUCUUGUCAAAGGCGACCAAAUUGUUCUGAUUGGCGAGCUUGAUGAGGCUCUAGAUCAGUCCAUCGACCUCUCCACCAUCCACGCGGAACCUCUCCCGCCUGUCCACUACUGA